AUGGGGGAAGGAAGGGAAGGGGACUCUGGACUCCUCUGGCCUCGUUCAGGGAGGGAAGCCGCGCCCACCCUUCACUCCCAUGGUCCUUUCCCCUCUCUCUCAUACCUUCACUCCUCUUUUUUGCGUGUGCCCAGUCACCACCCAGUAUUUUUUUUUUUUGCCCAGUGGCCAGUGCCAGUGUGCCAGUGCGCAGCCCAUUUUUUGUACGCUGCACCCAUUCAGCAGCCAGAACUAGGAGAGCCAAAAAGUGACCAGACCAAGCAAGUCCAAGGCGACCCCCUUCCCCCCUCGCCUUUACCCCCCAGUCGGCCACAGAGUCCCAGACUUCCCAGCAAAAACAAGUGCAAGAGGCGCGUUGCUCCCGCACAAUCACUCCCCCAUAGUAAAAAGGCUGCUUGGCCCUCCCCCCAUACAUUUUCCCUCCCUCUUCUUCUCCCAUACAAAUCUCCCACCCAAAUCCUUCUCCCAUACAAAUUGCACUCUCGCAAUACACACAUACCAGCCUCAGCGCACCUGAACCUACCACCACUUCCACAACUCUUUCUAUACCUUUUCAAAACCCGCUCAGGUAUGCUUCACGAUCUCUUUUCGACGACUUUAAGCUUCAAAUCUCAAUUUCCUCGCGUUAUGGACCGCAAUUGCACUUGCGACCGGUCAUCCCCCACGCCUCGGGAUCCGCCCAUUGCGGCCCGUUCGUGUAUCACUGCCCUGCUCUUACGCCGUCCAGCUGUCGCGUAG